AUGAGAUGUGCGGCGGCGGUACGCUCCCUCCUCCCACUACCCCACCCCGCUCCCGCCGGCGCCGCCCCUAUCCACACCUCCGCCCCUCACCUCGCCGCCGAGCUCGAAGCCGGCGACGCCCUCCACGCGCUCCUCUCCACGCUCCCGCCGUCGCUCCCUUCCUUCUUCCCUUGCCUCUCCCUCCUCUCGCGCCGACUCACCCCGCACUCCGUCGCCGAUGCCCUCCUCUGCGCCGCGCUCCCGCCCGCGUCCCGCCUCCGCCUCUUCCUCUUCUCCGCGCUCACCCCGCGCCUCCGCUCCCCGCUCCUCCACUCCCGCGCCGUCGUCCCCAUCCUCCUUGCCACCGACGCGGAUGCCGCCAUGUACGACGCCAUCGCCGACGCCCAAGCCGCCGGCCUCCAACCCCCCGCUGCCGCAUUCGAGGCGCUCAUAUUCGCCCACGCCUCCGCCGGACGGCACCACGAGGCGGUCGAGGCCUUCUCCCGGAUGGAGGGCGAGUUCGGGUGCCGCCCCACCACCUUCGUCUACAACGCCGUCCUCAGGGUCCUCGUCGCCAGCGGUGGUGUCAUUCCCCUUGCCCUGGCGCUAUAUAACAGGAUGGUCGCCGCCGGCUGCCUGCCCAACAGAGCCACGUACAAUGUGCUCAUGGAUGGCCUCUGCAAGCGGGGAACGGCCGUGGACGCGCUCAAGCUGUUUGACGAAAUGCUCCAGAGAGGUAUCACUCCCAACGUCAAGACACACACCAUCUUAUUAUCGUCGAUGUGCAAUGCCGGACAGCUGAAGGAAGCUGAGAACUUGCUACAUUCCAUGGAAGACAAAGGCUGUCCGCCUGAUGAAGUCACAUACAAUGCAUUCCUUAGUGGGUUAUGCAAGGCUGGCAGAGUUGACGAGGCCAUUGAGCGGCUUGAGGCACUCCGUCGUACUGGGACCUUUGUACUUGGCUUGAAGGGGUACAGUUGCUUGAUUGACGGUUUGUUCCUGGCAGGUCGGUAUGAAGAGGGAUUCCAGUGUUACAUGGAGGUGUUGGAGCAAACUGAUUUCUCACCGGACAUUGUUCUGUACACUAUAAUGAUCCGUGGAUGUGCAGAGGCUGGAAGAACCAAUGAUGCCUUUGCCUUCUUCGAUGAGAUGAAAGUGAAAGGCUUUACUCCUGAUACCUUCUGCUACAACACGCUGCUGAAGGCCCUCUGUGAUGCCGGUGAUCUGGAUGGAGCUCGCUCGUUGAUGUCAGAGAUGGCGCAGAAUAACGUGGUCCUAGACACCAAUACACAUACUACCAUGAUACAUGGGUUGUGCAAGAAACAGCUUGUAGAUGAGGCAAUGCAGGUUUUUGAUGGGAUGGUGGAAGUUGGUUGCCAUCCAACUGUUAUGACAUACAACGUGCUCAUCGAUGGACUCUACCGGGUACACAGGCUUGAGGAAGCUCGGAUGCUUUUCUAUAAGAUGGAGGUGGGAAAUAACCCUUCCUUGUUCCUUCGGUUAACACUUGGUGCAAACCAGGUGAGGGACAGUGAGAGCUUGCAAAAGCUGGUUGACAGUAUGUGCCAGUCUGGGCAGGUGCUUAAAGCUUACAAGCUUCUUCGAGGUAUAAUAGACAGUGGUGUGGUUCCUGAUGUUGUCACGUAUAACACACUGUUAAAUGGACUGUGUAAAGUGAGGAAUCUUGAUGGAGCACUGAGGCUCUUCAGAGAGCUCCAAGUCAAGGGGUUCUCUCUUGAUGAGAUCACGUAUGGGACUCUUAUCGAUAGCCUCUUGAGGGCACACAGAUAUAAUGAUGCCAUGACAUUGUUCCAGGACAUAUUACACAGUGGUGGCACCCCUAGUCUGUCAAUCUACAAUAGCAUAAUGAGAUCGCUUUGUAGGAUGAACAAAUUGUCACAAGCAAUCAACCUCUGGUUUGAUGACCUGCCCAAAAAGUACAAUCUCUCAGCCCAAGAUGAAGUAAUUGCUAGUGCCCGAAAAAAGUUUGAAGAGGGUUCCCUGGAUGAAGCAGUUAGGGAGCUAAUCAAGAUUGAUCAAGAAUAUGGUUCGGUAAACUCAUGUCCUUACACCAUUUGGCUCAUAGGCCUCAUUCAAGCAAGGAGAAUAGAUGAUGCCCUCAAGAUUUUUCAUAUACUUGAGGAGUUUGGCAUUGAUAUCACACCAGCUUGCUGUGCUCAUCUUAGCAAAUACCUAUGUUGGGAAAGAAAUCUAGAUUCAGCAGUUGAUGUUAUGCUCUAUACAUUGAAUAAACGAUUCAUUAUGUCAAGACAUGUAGGCAACCGGUUACUUAGUAGUCUUUGUAUCCGUCACAGGAGGAAGGACGCACAGGCCCUUGCAUGGCGAAUGCAUCUUGUAGGAUAUGAUAUGGAUGCAUAUCUUCGUGAGUCUACAAAAGGUAACCCCAAAGUAGGGUUUGAUUCACUGAGUUCUUAG